GGUGGCAACAACUAAAUUCAAUCAACACCGCCCACGUCGCUCAUCUUUGCGGAGAGGUAAACCUCGAUUAUGCGCAUGCUAGAUUGGCUCUCCCGAGACAACUAGAGGGCCGGAGCCCUCAUUGCGAUGUAUGUUUUGACUUUCUUCCCUCUCAGUACAAAUGUAUUUUGCGGAUACUCCCAGUCCCUAUAGGAGAAUUGUAGAUGUUUUGUCGCGUGUGGACGACGUGUCGGAGCCCAUGUAUCCAUCCUAUCGCGGCCAUCCAGAAGAAUACCUUCGCGGACGCCAUAAGCGCCGUGAUACACGUCCUCGUUCUCGUACCCGCAGCCCCCGCAAUCGCCGUGACUACCCUUCUCUGGCUUACCAUGGCGAUGCUUACAGGUCACGGUACACUGGCAGCCGAUACGACGGCGGCGGCGAACGGCGCUCCCGGUCGCCUCGGGACCGUUCUCCUCCACAAUACAGCGACAGGGGCGGCGGCGCGGAUCGGGGUUCGCAAUACGGCGACGGCGACCGCAGGCGCCAGUCGGCCGAGUCGCGUGCUAACGCCGCUAACUUUCAGUCAAACCGGGACGCCUUCCAUAGUCCGCUCAACGGCCGCGAGCCGCCCCGGGGUCCCAAGGCUUUGCUUCUUGAUCCCCCAAGCGGGCCACGUGGCGGAGGCUUCGCCGGCGACUUUCGGGGCAGGGGCCGGGGAAGCGGCCGUGGCCGAGGGUGGCGCGACGAUAGUAGAGAUCGUGACCGGGGCCGCGAGCAAGACUACCGGGACCGCCCCCAUUUCCGAGACGAGCGAAGCCGCGAGCGCGAGCGCGAGCAACGUCUCGAGCGUGACAGAGACUGGCGCGAGAGAGACCGCGACGCUUUCCCUCCCCGCGGCCGAAGACCUUCCCCGCAAGGAAGGGGUCGGUCGCCUAUUGGACGCGAUUUCAGAGACGCGAGGGAUGCCCCUCUCGGCGUGGAUGCGGAAAGGGCAAGACGUGGCUCAAGAGACGGACCGCUGUCGGCAGGCUCCUCGUCUUCUGACCCACCAUUCGGAUCCUCGUCCUUCCGCGGCAGCGGCUUUCCUCGUGGCGGGCGAGGAUCCCGGGGGCGCGGAGAGUGGCCGCCGGAGCGCGGUGGCCGCGGCAGAGGCGGACAAUACGACGAGCAGCAAAAGGACCGCUAUGGCCCGCGAAGCCGGUCCCAGGAGGGCCGGUGGGGACGUGACCAAGAGGACCGCAGAGACUCGUCGAGGUACUUGGAUCCCGCCCGAGAUAUUCGCGAUGAUCGCGAUGCACGUGGAGACAGAGAGCGCGGCGAGCUUGGUCGCCCAAAAGCUGAGCGCGUAUCCCACGAGCCGCCCCCCUCCCAGCCCAAGGAUGUCAAGGAUGUCUCGCCACCGCCCCUUGCCCCCUCCGCCCCUGCGUUCGGCACAGUUCCGCGUCAGCCCUCGACUUCGGAAACGGGCUUGGGGAUCCAGUCUCUUACCGGCAAGGUCCCGCCUACAGGCCCCAGAGCAUUCACCGAGGAACGACCUGAUUCGGCAGGCCACUCGGCCACGACCGAAAGACCGCCGCCGACCGGCCCUUCGAAGCCCGCCCUGGAUGGAAGCCCCUCGAUACCUGUAGGACCUCGGGCACAGGUAGUAAAGCAGCAACGCUCUAGUAAACAAUGGAUUAACCCGGCCUUGGCCAAUAAGAAAGGCCCAGACUCACCCAAGACAGCGAGAUCUCAAAGCUUUGUAUCGCAACAGUCCAGGCCGCCGUUCGGCAACUACCGACCCGAAUCCGCCCACUCGGACUACCAUGGCGACUUCGAGAGGCGUCCUCGGAGCUCGGACGCGCAAUCAGAGCCUCAUACGUCUAAUAGUGACGGGCAGUUUCGAGGCCUGCAUGACAGGGGACCGAACGACAUUGCAGUCAAAUCCGAGAGGGGCACCCAGUCGGCGCGAGCGUCAAUCGACCGGGAUAUACGGGGUAGAUUUGUCGAUGUGCAGCUGUGUGGCAUGGACACGGCCGACGUAGCCCGUAAGGAGUCCGAUCCUGACCCGUCUCGUACCCCAUUGGUUAGCCCCGUGGCUGCAAAACCCGCCAGCGUCAACGGCGAAUCGCCGGAAAAGGUUGGACGGCCUGGGACUGCGACUACCGGCAAGAAACGCACCACCCUCUCUGUUCCAUCCUCCCGAGUUCAACUGCCCAUCAGACAGCCGGCUAUAUCCGUUGAGGAUGAGUCGGACUCGGAUGGUGACGAGCUAGACAACUACUUUGAGCAAGAGACAUCAAAAGUCGAGGCUGAGCUUCACAAACUAGAGGCCGCCGAGGACGCUGUUCCCAUUCGAAUUGUUGCACGAUAUGCCAGCGUGGUUCACGACGCUAUGCUGAAGGUGCUGUCAGGUGGCGACAAGCUAAUGGAUAUGAUCGGAGACAUCCCCGACGGCUUUGCCUUCCCUCGCCCCAAGCCUACAACUCAGAAUAUGAACAAUAAAUCCCCCGAGCCCGAGCCUGAAGAUCACCCCAUGCCCCCUGCUCCCCGGGAGCCCUCGGCAAUACCCACGGUUGAAAAUGGCGACGACAACAUGGCUCAACUUGCAGACCUACAGCCAAAGGUCGAAGAGAUGGAUACGGAGGGCUCGGGCCUUCCGCCGCUUCCCACCGUCGAAGAGUCAAAAGGUCCCACCGAAGACGUUGACAUGCACGACGUCUCGGAAGCCCAGGACGCACUUGGCCCGCUGCGUGAAAAUAUCCCGAUAAACGGGAUUCCAGCCGAGGGGGACGGUAUCCCAAUCUUCCCAUUGCCGUCUGGCCAGUUGGUCUCGGCAAGGAGCAGUGCAUCUGCGAUGGACGAAGACAGUGAGGAUAGAACCGAGGACGACGGCAGCAUCUAUGGCAGCAUCGAGGCUGUGCGCGAAUACUCGAUGACUCCACCGACCGAGGAGCUUCCAACCUUCACCUCGAGGCCAUGGUACAAGAGCAAACGACUCCGCAAGCUGUCAGAGCAAAUGCCAGACUUCGAUGUCUUCAUCUUCGACCAAAUCCGAGACAAGACGACAGCGGCGACAAGCGAGCAAGACGAAAUGCGGCGGGAAUACCGUACAAGGUAUGAGGAGUACCUCGAGUUCACCAGGUCGGACGAUCCGGCUGCUGCAAAAAGCCGCGACUACUUCUCUAGCACUUCGGUGCCCCUGGGGACAACUGGCAAGGCCGUGACAGCACCCGAUAACAAGCCUGAAGGGGGCCGGCGGGCAGGGCGGUUUGCCACCGAGCUGGACGUCGAGUAUGCGAUUCAGCAAUCGAUGCGAGAGCACCAGGAGAAGCAGGAAAGAGAAGCCAGGGCCCUGAAGGAGAAACAGCGCAGCGAUAAGGAAGCUGUCAUCCCCGGCAUGUUCUGGACGCCCGAGGACAAGGACUGCGGGCUCUUUUUCGACACGGCCGGACUGCUCCCGCUCGAGAAGCUCGUUGCCACAUGGCAGGUGGUGCCGUGGCAUGUCAACUUCACCGAAGAGGAGGCCGAAAAGUUUGAGAAGGCCUAUCUCGAGAGCCCGAAACAGUGGGGCAAGAUCGCCAAGGACAUUCAGUCGCGCGACUUUGGGGCCUGCAUUCAGUAUUACUACGCCAAGAAGCGGGAGCUGAAUCUCAAGGAAAAGCUUAAGAAGCAGCCUAGGAGGCGGAAGAAGGGCCGUGGCGCCAAGCAGCGCUCCAGCGCGCUGGUGUCGGAGCUGGGCAAUCCGGAAAACGAGACGGAGGAGCCUGCGCAGGAGAACGGCGACAACCCGCAGCCGCGCCGCCCGCGCCGCGCCGCUGCUCCGACGUUUGGCUACGAGGCGACGCCAAAUGCCGACUCGGACGGCACAACUGCCGCCGCGACGCCUGGCCGCAGGAGGGCUGGAACGGCUGCAGAGCAAAAGAACGACAGUGGUGCCGAGAAGACUGAGGGCAAGAAGGGCCGCAGAGCCCGUCAGCCUAAAGCGGAUAAGGAGGCAAAAGCACUCAAGCCUGUGCAGCCUCUGGCGCCCACUCCACCCGCCGCCACCGCAGCGGCGGCGGCAGCGGCAGCAGCGGCAGCCAAGGCUAACCGGUCGCGCUCCAACUCGAGGGUCCAGGGUCCCGACUGGGCAUCCCCGCAGACGCCUGCAGACAUUGCUGCUCGCCACCCGCAGCCGUUCGAGGUGUCGCCCGGUGGCAUGCAGCCGCCGCUGGUGCCCGUCCAGCAACAGCAGCAGCAGCAGCAGCCGCCGACUCUGGCCAGCCCUGAGCGAACAGCACCGGCGGUAAUGCCGUCUGUCAUCUCCGAGGUCAUGGCGCCGCCUCAGCUGCGACCCGAACCUCCCCCGCCCCUGGCGUCCAUGCCCACUUUUGACAUCAAUCCUUCCUCUGGGUCGGACCGCAUGCGCAGCCAGCAGCAGGCAUCCAGCUACUGGAGUGUCUCCGAGUCUACCGACUUUCCCAACCUGCUGCGGUCCUUUGGCACUGACUGGAGCUCGAUUGCCGCCCACAUGCAGACAAAGACGGCCGUAAUGGUUAAGAACUAUUUCGUCCGCCAAAAAGAGGGUGGCAAGCCGGAAUGGGACGCGAUCGCGAACGAAGCCGACGCUAAGCGGCAGCGAGGAGAAAAGCGGCCUGCUCCGCCGACUCCGUCAACCGGACCGAGGAAGAGAUAUGACUUGCCGUCGACAGGGCACCGGCCACUGGCUGCUGCCGAGUCCGACGAGACGACUCCCACCAAGGUCGAGCCGUCGCCGUCAAGCCAGCCCUUCACGCGUUUCCAAGUCCCGAUUGCCCAGGCUUCUCCUGUUGCGCAUCCCCUCGCACCAGCACAGGCACAGGUGCAGUCACAGACGCAGGCACAGGCUCAAGCACAGGCUCAGGCACAGGUACAGGCACAGGCACAGGCACAGGCACAGGCACAGGCACAGGCACAGGCACAGGCUCAAGCACAGGCACAGGCACAGGCUCAAGCACAGGCUCAAGCACAGGCUCAAGCACAGGCACAGGCUCAAGCACAGGCACAGGCACAGGCACAGGCACAGGCACAGGCACAGGCACAGGCACAGGUACAGGCACAGGCAGCACCUGCGGUUACGGUGCCGGUCCUUUCACCGCCGCCGCCACCUCCCCCACCGGCGGCAGCUACUCCCACAGCAAGUGGACCGCCGGUCUCGCAGGCCAUGUCGCCCAGCAACCACCCGCUUAGGCCACCCGGUCCUCCCUUCCCCUACCCCGAGAGAGAGAGCGAUCUGGUCCCGCCGCCACAGCCUCUAGUACAACAAGCCCCACCACAGCCGGUUCGAAUCUCGCAGAAGCCCGCGCCCACCUCGGUUCCUGUCACCCCUGUCAACGAAUCUGCGCCACGCCCGACGGCAAUGUGGGCCAUCGAUUUCAGCCAGCAAAUGGCGCCACUAGGGCAACCACCGCAGCAAAAGGAGGCCCGAGAAGCGCGGGAUCGUUCAGUCAGAGUGGGAAUCUCGCGAGAGCCGCCCAAGCCUGUUGAGCGGCCACCGGUUCGCAUGAAGCAGGAGCCGGAGCAGCCGCUCCACCACCCAGAGCCCUUCCCGUUCGCGCAACCCCAGCGUGCUGUACAGCCGAGGACGGAGCCGGUGCCCCUGUCGAGACAACCCGAACCGCCCCGUGCCGUGGCGCUAGCGCCGCCGCCAUACACGCAGCCCAUCCAGGCACAGCCCAUGCGGCACUCGCAUGCCGACCAUGUGGCUGCGCCGCAACCCCCUCCGCAGGGUGGCCCGGCGGCCGAGAGACCGCUUUCCGGCAUUCAGCGAGGCUUGCCGGCGUCAAUGCAGGAGCAGUACGGAGCGCCCGUCAUCGCCCCGCCUGCUCCGCCGCCUCCUGUCGCGCCUCCGGCACCUAGUCCUGCUCAACGUAAGACUAGCAGUCUCUUCGCUUUACUGAACGACGACCCUCCAGCACCACCUGUGUCGCGAGUUAGCGACAUCUCGUUGGGGAUAAAGUCGAGCUCGACGCCGCCUCCUCAGGCAUUGUCGGGGCGUCCCCCUCCGCCUACUUCUGCUGCGCCGCGGCAGGAUGUCGAGACGGCAAGAUAUCCCUUCAAUCGCCCCGCUCAGCAGCCUUCACAGUCGGCUAUCCCACCUUUGAAGCCGUACCACACGCAGUCUCCCCAACCGCAGCACAUGGGGGCGCCUGGCCCAGGGGCUGCAGCGGAUCGCGAGUAUUACCCGCCCCGCCACCCCUUCCAAGCUCAGCACCAGACGAGCGCGUCAAAUUCACCCCAGUCACACCAAACCAAUCAUUACCCCCCUCCUGGACCACACGGGCAGCAGGCUCAGGUCCAGGCUCAAGCUCAGGCCCAAGCCCAAGCUCAGGCUCAGGCCCAGGCUCAAGCCCAGAUGCAAUAUCAAUCUCAGCAACCUUAUCAGCCUUAUCAAGCCCCACAGCCGCACGCGGUUUCCCCAACCCCUCAGUAUGCUUCACACCCAUCUCAUGGGGUCGGACCUCGGCGUGAUGGCCCAGGAUCCGGCCGUGAGGCUUGGCCUCAGCCUCAGCAACCUACAUCAGCCGCCAUGCAGCAGCAGCAGCAGCAGCAGCAGGCUCAGCAACAGGCUCAGCAGCAAGCCCAGCAUCAACAACACCAACAGCAGCUCCAACAGCACCAGCAACUCCAACAGCAGGGGCCCUGGCCGCCUCAUCAAGGACCUCCCAAGUCGAACCAGCCUGUUCCUACGCAGUCUGCCUGGGGUGCCCAGCAUGGGGUGCAGGCGAAACCCCAGGUCAGCAACUCGAUGACACCACAGCAGCAUUCAUGGGCGUCGUCCGGGCCUCCUCAGCAGCCGCACCCGCUCAACCUGCGGGAUUCGCGUGGUCCCGUCUAUCCAGGCCACGACUUGCAGAGCCCCACGGCGGGUAUCAUGCAGCAUCAGCAUCAGCAUAACACGUCUUUAGACGGAGGCCGAUAUACGCAAGCCGCCGAUUUACGGAGGGGCGAGCCAGCUCCACCCCCUGGCCAGCCAUAUGUACGAUAUUCAAACACGCCCGGUCCCGGACAAGGCAGGGAGCUUGGGCCGGCUCGGAGCUAUACGCCAGUAGGUUUCGAUCACCGCGGCCCCCCUGGGCCGCCCUACGCGGGUCAGGAGCCGAUGCGGGACAUGCAGCGGCGCGACCGCGAGUCUCUGCACGAUGCCCAGCUCCGCGAGGCUCAUAUGCAGUCUCAGCGCGAGGCACACAUACGCGAGGCCCAGAUGGCGAGGGAUCCGCAGCAACUCCGCGAGGCGCAACUGCGUGAGCUGGUGAGGAGCGACCCGCAGCAGUUUCGCGACGGCCGCGAGUUGGGGAGAGACCCACGCGAGAUGGCCAGGGACCCGAGGGACGGGGCGGUGUCGGCCGCCCAACACCAGAGCAUUCUCACGAGACAGCUGAGGCCUCACGACACGUAUGAGAGGCCGCCUGAGAGGCGGUACUGAUUUUUCUACUGUCUAGGCAAAGAUAGAAGAAGAAGAAAAAGAAACGUGGAGCGACAGAAACCUCGUAAAAAAAAUAGGGUACACACAUGAAAAUGAUGUGAUCGGGCUUUGUCUUUCUAGGUUUUAGGGCCAGGUAUAUAUAACCAUGUCGUAUUUAUUUUGGGGAGUGAUAGGGGCUCUUUGAAUG